AUAAAAAGGAAAUGUGCAAUAGCAGGGGUAGCGAUCUUUUUGUUAAUCAAGCUUCCGCGAAUUCAGAUGCGUUUACAGGUGCCCACGCAGUACCGGCUGAUGACGCACGUGAUCCAGGCAUGCUCAACUCACAGGUGCCGCCUGUUAUUACACGUGAUAUGGAGAUGCGCAACACGCAGGCUACGGUGGAAAGAGAGAUAUACAGGGUAUGCGGAUCGAAAUUGAUUGAGAGCACAGCACCCAUGGGCGAAGUAGAGAGCAAUCUAAAUAGAUUCCCCGACGAUCAGGAGGGUAAGGUAUCAUUGUCCCUCCGGCUCCCCCCAGAGCAAACAUUAACGAGAAAAAGUAGGAAUCAUAUUAAAAUAUGGAUGAUCCUAUCUGAAUUAAAGAUCCGUCCAAUCAAUGUCGUUAUGUUAAAUCACUUUGCGGCUGAAGCAGAAUUUGAAAAGGGAUCAUCGGCUAAUUUUGCGCUAGAACAAAUAGAGAGACUUAAGACUAAAAAGUUAACUGCUAAUAUAGAAAAACACCAAUUUUUUUGUAAAGGUGUUAUAAUGGAUUGGCCUUCUGCGAUCCCUGAUCUGUGGGCAGCUAUUAGCGAUAAGACAAAUAUAGUUAGUUUGGAACGUAUGUAUAGACGUAAGUGGGACGCUACAAAUAGGACUGCCUCUCUUGUAGAAACAGAUAACAUUAUUAUUACUUUUAGAGAUAACAAAUUGAGAGACCUUAAAAUAUUUAAUAAUAUGGUUGGCUUGAGAGUACGAGCUUAUAUCACGCAGGUUAGACAGUGUUAUAACUGUUUUAGAUACGGACACACAAAGAACGCAUGUAAGAGCGAGACGAAAUGUAUUAUAUGUGGUGACAAGGCCCACGGUCAAUGCUCUAAAUCGGUGAGGUGUUGUAAUUGCGAUGGUCCUCAUAGAUCCACGUUUAGAGGAUGUCCUAUUUUUGAUAAAAAUAAAAAAAUCAAUGUUGUGAAAGCGCAAAAUAAUAUCUCAUUUUACAGAGCACGAAAAAUUGUUGAAGGCGGUGACGCUUCAGUGUUGUCCAGCCAAGAUAGAUACGUGAAUCCGGGGGCGUGGCCCACUCUACCGGAGCCCAGAGGGAUAAACAUCCCCGUGAUGAGACUCAGAAGGACAAUAGGAGGAUAGCUCCCUCCCGCUCUUUUUAUAAACAAUUUAACCUUCGAGAAGAGGAAAUUAACCAGAACAGGAGAGGCUUGGCGCUGGGGGCUUGUCGCAGCGGUGCAACUGUGGAAAGUGAUAGCAAGGAUGCUUCCUCCUACGAGGGGAGGAAAGGCAUGAUGUUUUCUGCGGGGAUUUCGAAUGCCAGAGAUAUUGUCGAGAGAAUCCUUUUAUUGUUACAAAGUUGUCCACAGGUGAAAAGCCUUUUGAUUGAGGCACUCAAGCGAAUGGAUGUACGUGGACUAUUAGAAGGGAGUUCUCAGCGACUCAGAGAGACUGUCGAGAUGGAAUAUGAAACUCAGUUGAACAACGAGGGGGAAACUUCGUUUUCC